GAAAUAGGAAAAAAAAAUUAUUCAACUUUUCCAUAUAUUUAAUCCAAAUAAACAAUCAAUCAAUUACAUUUUAAACAGAUAUUGUGUGCAUUCAAUCAAACAUUUUAUACCUAAUGCUCGUAUUUUCUUUUUAUUUACAGAAUAGUUGCAGAUAGACGAACGCUCAAUAAAUUUCUCGAGAAUGACUGGAACAGUACUCGAAGAUCCCCAAUGGAGUCUGGAGCGAAGAGCAUCCUCAGGUCAUUUGGUAUGGCGCAAAGAUACACCCAGUUCAAAAGUUCGUUUUCGUUUCGAUGUGGAAGUUUUAGAAUUUGAAAAAGAUCCCGCCGAAGAUUUUAUCGAUGAUACCAAUGAUGAUUUCUCUGUUACGAAUAUAUCAUCAACAGUUGCAAUUUGUGUAACUUGUAUGGCGGCAGCUGCUGUCAGUGUUCUUCUUCCAUGGUAUCUUAUGCAUUCGACGACGUAAGAUGCAAAUAAAAUAUGAAACGUUCUGAUAGAAACUAAGUUUAAACAAAAUUGUGAAAGUAAUAAUCUCAUUCAAAUUGAGUGUUAGAGAAACAGAGAAAAAAAAAAAACUUUCAAAUUAAAAUCUUUAUAGUGAUUAUUCUGUGAUCUUAAGGUAUUUUAAUUAAAAUUAUGUAUACAAUACAUAAAAAAAAAAUAACUUAAAAUAAGUAUAACUAUUUGGUGCUCACAAAUACAAGUACUUUCGAAAAAAUGUUUUCAAAACGAAUAAAAAAAAAUGUGCCUUAAAUUAGAAACCACAAAUUGUUAAGGUGGCUUAUUGGAGAGAUAUUGUUAACAUGUAUACAUGCUGCCUAAAAAAAAAUUGUAUAAAGUCUGUUGUAAAUUAAAUUGAGUCCAUUAAUUUUUAAGAUUAUUAAGAAAUAUGUAUGUACGUAGAAAUUAUUAAAACAAAAAAAAUAAAAAACAACGAAACAAACGAUUAAAUAAAAAGUGUUAUAUUAAUAAAACAGGAAAAAUUUGAGUAGGUUUCUUAACAUUAAAACUUACUUUUUUUAUGAACCAACACAAAGCCUUUGAUAUACCUUGGGUCAAAGGCUGAAUAAUUCAACAUUCAAAAUUGAUGUCAAUG